GCGCGGCCGACUCUAAAAUCGGGUGAGCGCGCGCGGUAGUUCAAGUGGGACGGUCAUCACGUGAGCGCGGGCGAUUUCGCAUUCGGUCGAUCAUUCAUGUGAUUGGCGGCGUCGUGUUUGGACAGUCUCGCGCCCGUUUUCACAUCAGGAGGUGCGGGAUCAGACGGCAGUCGACUCUGCAGGGAGAUUAUCCCUCCCGUUUUCACGUCAGGUGAACCUGGUCGCAAUUCCGCGGUGGGUUGCUUCAGCUGUUGCGUGUGUGUCCCCAGCGAGUUCAAAUGCCGGCCCCUAUAGAGAAAGUGGUUGUCCAUCCUCUUGUACUUCUCUCGAUCGUCGAUAAUUACAAUCGUGUGGCGAAAGACACGCGGAAAAGGGUGAUCGGGGUAUUGCUCGGUGAGACCUUCCGGGGUCGUGUUGAUAUCACUAACAGCUAUGCAGUGCCAUUCGAGGAGGACGACAGAGAACCGACCAUUUGGUUUCUGGAUCACAAUUACCAUGAAGCGAUGUUGGGCAUGUUCAAGAAGAUUAAUGCAAAGGAGCAUGUUGUUGGCUGGUACAGCACUGGGCCGAAGCUGAGGGAGAGUGAUCUCGACAUACACAAUGUGUUCCUUGACUAUGCUGCCAAUCCAGUUUUGGUGAUUAUCGAUGUCCAGCCCAAGGAGCUUGGCAUACCCACAAAAGCUUACUGUGCUGUGCAGGAGGUAAAAGAGGAUGGUACUCAGAAGAAUCAGAAGACGUUUAUCCAUGUACCGUCCGAAAUUGGCGCUUAUGAAGCAGAGGAAAUAGGUGUGGAACAUUUGCUGCGAGACGUCAAGGAUGCGACGGUUAGCACGCUAGCAACAGAAGUCAGUGGCAAACUACAGGCUCUCAAGGGUCUGGAAUCGCGACUUAAGGAGAUCCGCUCCUACAUGGAUCUCGUCAUUGAGGGAAAGCUCCCAAUCAAUCAUGAGAUCAUGUCCCAGCUUCAGGAUGUUUUCAAUCUCUUACCUAAUUUGGGUAUUCAGGAGCUAAUAAAGGCAUUCUCAGUGAAAACGAAUGACAUGAUGCUGGUGAUUUAUUUGUCAUCUCUCAUCCGAAGUGUCAUCGCCUUGCACAACCUGAUAAAUAACAAGAUGCUCAACAAGGAGCAUGAGAGACUCUCCGAUGCCGCAGGCACGCCAUCCGUCUCGACAGCGGUUAGUUGAGUUUUUUCCUCUGGAACAUCAAAGGUCGGAAAUGUCUACCGUGCGUUGCAUAUCACACUGGGGUAACACAUCCGUUGGAAAUGCUGUGCUUCUUCGCCGAGGACCUGCUUCCCGUGUGCGUUCUCCUUACUGGGAGGAGUCGACUCUGGUGUUGAUGUCGUUUUUGCUUUGUUGCAACGAUUUGGCGGAUAUCUUGAGACCGAAUCUUCUCGUCAGACCUCGUGUUCUGGAAUUAGUCUAUUUCUCAUUUUUUUUCAUCGAAAAACUGGCUUUAUAAAGUAAAGUGGGGCCUUUAUUGUUUUUGAGAGAGGUGGUUUGAUUAGCCUUUUUCUGUCGUGUCCUCGCACAUUGUCCCAUUGCAUUCCCCUGCUCCCCAUCGCAUCCCGUUUGUCUGCUCUCUGCAAUCCGUGACACCUUAUUCUGCUCUGCUGCAAUCCCCAUCUUCUUGCUCCUAGGGUGUGUAGUUUGUUGUCCUCUGGUCUGGUAUACACUCUCUUGAGUUGAUACCUGGGUUACGGGCGCAAUGAUCGGAGGGGUGUGUGCAGUUCCUUGCUUAUGUGAUAUGUGCAUUAGACCAUGCGUUUCCCCUGGUUCGAUGAUUUGAUUACUUUGAUUUGAGAUCCGAUGAUGGUAGUGGCGGCCAAUAGGAGACACUUGCUGGCUGCUCUGUCGGCCCCCCCUCCAAGAGAACUUGUGGAUGUAAAAGAACUGUUCAAACCCCUCGAGUGUCAAAAUGUGAGACGCGCAUAUCUACGCCCAGUACUAAAGGCUGAUUUCCAGCUGCAAAAAUGGAAAUGGAGUUCUGCCCUCUCUGCAUGGUACCCUGCGGUCUUACCUUCAGCAAAAUACGAGUCUGGUCCCGUAUGGUGCAAGUGUACUCCUGUGCUUGUGCGCCUGAGUGUUUCUUACAGGCUGAUGUUCUGGCUAUUUUGGCGGGCAGAGGGGUGCAGUCUCCUCGUCUUCUCACAGCAAGUUAGUGCAGACCAGUAGAAUGCUCUUUGCAAUCUUACCAGCAGCAAGAUAUGAAUCUGCUGCACUCCAGCAGUGUGGUUGUAUUGUCGUUUUGCAGUUAUGCGGCGUCGGUGUGAAGAAUCUCUGUGCUCACAAUGAAUCGGGUGAAAUGGCAAUAGUUCUGUCUCUACAGUCUGCUGCCUGUUUCACCUGGAUGAGGAGGUCCCACUGUGUUUGUCAGCUGAAUAGGCGGGAGGAUUAGUUGUCAGCUUUUGGAGAUUGACAUGAACAUCCCGUGUUCCCUUGAUGUACUCUUGCCCCCCGACUUUACAGUAGCGUACAGCUUUCGGAAUUUGCUAAAAAUCAUUUAUGCCACAACACUCACAAUGUCAGUGCUUGGCCUUGUUUGUUGUAUGGUUAUAUUAGUUUGGUUCGUAAUGUGAAACACGUCCGUUAGGCUUUGUGGAUUCUCAACGAUCAGGACUGGAAGAUCGUUCGUGUCAUCCAUGGAAUGUGCGCUACUCUUUCUGCAUUGUCAGCUGUGGAGGACUGCAGGGCUGUGUGUGUCAUGGAAGGACUGGUAAGUAGGACCUGGACUACUGCCUGUGACAUCUCCUGAUAUCAAGACUACCGUAGUGCCUGAAUUUCCCGACAUUUGCCAAGGAAGUGAUGGAACUCUUAACUCAAAUGGGAACACUUGAAAAGAAGGUCGGGGGGGAUGGACCUCUCUGACAGAAGUGUUGAGCGUGGAGCAUUUGACCUCUCUGAAUCAAAUGUGUGCAUUGUCCAAUUUCCCUUUGAAGUCUAUGGUUUCAGCAUGCAGUGCGAGCACUCUGGCACAGGAUGACAUGAUGAGAUGUCCUCAGACGGUGCAGAAUGAUAAGCUCGCUGUUAGUUUUUUCAAUGCGCUUUGAGCAAAAGGAGAAUUGCAGAAGAAGCAGCAGAAGAAACAGCAGCAAAGGCAGCACGAUCAGCAGCAGCAGUCAGGAAUAACAACAGUGGCAUUACCAGCAAGAGUCAUAGCAGAAAUAGCAGUUAUAGCCUCAGCAGCAGUCGCAAGAGCCCCAACCACAGAAGAAGUGUCGGUGACAGUAGGAACCGUAGAAGGAACAGCAUCAAGACUCCCAGCACCAAUGUGAAUAGUAGCAGGAGCUUUAUCAGGAACAGCAGCACAGCAACAGGAAGAGUAGAGGAUCAGCAGCAGGAACAGCACAGCAGCAGCAGCAACAAUAAUCACAGGAACGGCAGUUGGCGGAGAAGCAGGAACAGAAACAGGAAGAGUUAGAUGAACCGCAGCAGGAACAGGAACAGGAACAGGAACAUGAACAGCAUGACAACAGCAGUGUGAAUAAACCGCAGGAACAGCAGGAGGAACAGAAGCAGCAACAGCAACAGGACGAGGAACGACAACAGGAAGAGGAACAGUAGCAGGAACAUCAACAGGAAUGGCACGCCCAGUAGGAACACAAAAGGUCUUUAGUAUGCUCACUGGCUAUGAGCAUUGGCCGAAGGUUUUCCAUUCUGGCUGCUGAGUUAGGAAGGCACCAAUGUUGCUUGGGGUACCCAAAUGCUUCCCACUGGCUGCUAUUUUUCGUUUGCGGCAUGGCGCACGCCAGAUUGUUGAUGAAGCUCGUCGCUUUCUCCAGGCAAAUCUGUGGUUACUUCGCCUUGAAUUUCAUCUACCAAUUUGCAUAAUCUUAUGCAAAGGGAUAGGUCUUCAUCCUACCCGAACUCAUCGUAAUGCAACACUUGC